AUGAGGCACUAUCAGUUACUAUUCAAGCGCAUCACGCCCACUCUUUCUUCUUCUAGCAUCCGACGAAGCUUUUCUGUUUCAGCAGCAGCAGCAGCCGCCCAAAAAGUGGAACGCCCUCGUCGUUCUUUAUUCAGUGUUCCGGGGAGCGACGAACGCAAGAUCCAAAAGGCGACUGGUUUGAAUGCCGAUGCCGUAGUAUUGGAUUUGGAAGAUGGAGUGGCGUUGGAUCGCAAAGAAGAUGCUCGAGAAUUGGUCGUCCAGACACUGCGACAAGUUGAAACGGGAGAUUUGUCGUUUGGAACAUCGGAACUGUGUGUGCGCAUUAAUGCAUUGGAGACGGGAUCUCUAGCCUUUGAAGAUCUCCAAGCCAUUCUUCCGUGUCCCAGUUUACAGACCAUUGUUCUUCCCAAAGUGGAGCUUCCUUCAGAUGUGGAUUUUGUACGGCGUUUGGUGGAAAUGAUCCCACCCGACAAUCAAGAAGAAACGCGGGAUCUACGCAUUAUUGCCGCCAUUGAAUCCGCCAAGGGAAUGCUCAAUUUACGGGAGAUUGCCGAGACAACCAAUCAACAAUCUUCUUCUAGUUUGGAUGCCUUGGUCUUUGCAUCGGAGGAUUACUGUGCCGAUCUCGAGUUGAUUCGCACCACGGCGGCCAUCGAACUCUUGAUGGCUCGAUCGCAAUUGGUCACCACCGCCAAAGCGUACGGAUUGCAAGCCAUUGAUAUGGUCCACAUUGAUUUUCGCAAUAUGGAAGCACUCCAAGAAGAAUGUACCCGCGGUGUCGAAAUGGGCUUUACGGGAAAACAAGCCAUUCAUCCGGCUCAACUCGAUACCAUUCAUCAAACCUUUUGUCCAUCCGCCAAAGAUUUGGAAUUUGCCCAAGCCUGUGUCACACAGUACGAAUCCACCACGGCCGCGGGAAAAGGAGCCGUGGAAGUUCAUGGCAUUGUGGUGGAUGCACCCGUCUACAAGUGGGCACUCAAAAUUGUACGUCGUGCGGAGCAAGCUGGAAUGAUACAAACUAUCUAG